UGUAAGACACAUCGGAGGGAAUGGCUGCUGUGCCUGGACAUCUUUGUGCUCUACCUCCUGUUUUCUCUUCAUGUCUUAUUGUGUAGUUGUUGUUGUUGUUGUUGCAUCGGACGCUCUCCGCUAUUAGCCUACCACCCGCCAGCGACACAUCCAAAGUGAGGCACUGAUGGUUGGACAUGGGGAGGCCAAUGCCCCUCUGCAUAGCAGGGCUAUGUCCUCGCCAGCCACCACGUCUCCAUCUGUGGACAAAGUGGACGGAUUUUCACGGAAGUCUGUCAGGAAGGCCAAGCAGAAGCGGUCGCAGAGUUCGUCCCAGUUCCGCUCUCAGGGCAAACCCAUAGAGCUCACGCCCUUGCCGCUGCUCAAGGACGUGCCGGCCCCGGAGCAGCCCGAGCUGUUCCUGAAGAAGCUGCAGCAGUGCUGUACUGUCUUUGACUUCAUGGACACUCUGUCGGACCUCAAGAUGAAGGAGUACAAGCGCUCCACACUCAACGAGUUGGUGGACUACGUGACCGUCAGCCGGGGCUACCUGACAGAGCAGGCCUACCCUGAAGUUGUCAAAAUGGUGUCUCACAACAUAUUCCGGACCCUUCCGCCCAGCGACAGUAAUGAGUUUGACCCUGAGGAGGAUGAGCCCACGCUCGAGGCCUCCUGGCCUCACUUACAGUUGGUAUAUGAGUUCUUCAUCCGCUUCCUGGAGAGUCAGGAGUUCCAGCCCAGCAUUGCCAAAAAGUACAUAGACCAGAAGUUUGUCCUACAGCUCCUGGAGCUGUUUGACAGCGAAGAUCCUCGGGAGAGAGACUACCUGAAGACAGUCUUGCAUAGAAUCUACGGCAAAUUCCUGGGGCUGAGGGCUUUUAUACGAAAACAGAUCAAUAAUAUUUUUCUACGUUUUGUUUAUGAGACGGAGCACUUCAACGGGGUGGCUGAGUUGCUGGAGAUCCUGGGCAGUAUAAUCAAUGGCUUCGCUCUGCCGCUCAAAGCCGAGCAUAAACAGUUUCUGGUCAAAGUGUUGAUCCCGCUCCACACGGUCCGCAGCCUGUCGCUCUUCCACGCGCAGUUGGCGUAUUGCAUUGUACAGUUCCUAGAGAAAGACCCAACAUUAACAGAACCAGUCAUCAGAGGCUUACUGAAGUUCUGGCCUAAAACGUGCAGUCAAAAAGAGGUGAUGUUUCUAGGCGAACUGGAGGAGAUCCUGGAUGUCAUAGAACCGACACAGUUUGUCAAGAUCCAAGAGCCGCUCUUCAAACAGAUCUCCAGAUGCGUCUCCAGCCCACACUUCCAGGUGGCCGAGCGGGCGCUGUACUACUGGAACAACGAGUACAUCAUGAGUCUCAUCGAGGAGAACUCCAGCGUCAUCUUGCCCAUCAUGUUCGCCAGCCUCUACCGGAUCUCCAAAGAACACUGGAACCCGGCCAUCGUGGCGCUGGUCUACAACGUACUGAAGGCCUUCAUGGAGAUGAACAAUCCACUAUUCGAUGAACUCACAGCCACUUACAAGUCAGACCGCCAGCGCGAGAAGAAGAAGGAGAAGGAGCGCGAGGAGCUGUGGAAGAGGCUGGAGGACUUGGAGCUGAAGCGAGGCCUUAGGAGCGACGGGAUCAUCCCAACUUAACGAAGACCGCGCUGAACAACCUCCAAUUCGCCCCGCCCCGCCCCCCACCACACUUCCCUACCCACCCACACCCCGUUGACCUUCCUGUCUGACCCCCAGCCCCCGCCCCCCUUCACAUCAGCCAUGUCUGCCCAGAGCUCCAAGAAGAGAUUCCCUACUAAAGUCCAUCACGUGUGGAUCCAUCCGGAGCGCCCGCUGGUCUCUUAAUUGUUUAGUUUUUUUUCUUAUGUUUUUAUUUCUCCUGUGUUUGUGCGACUUACUUUACAGUAGAUUCAUCACGUCUGUUUUCACACUUUCAACACUGUAAAUAAUUCUUUUUUCUUUGUUCCCUUAAACUGCUAUUAUUGCAAACGGACGGAAAAAAAAACUAAACUACAAUAAAUAAAAGGAGGAAAAAAAUAGAAAAUGAGAAAAUGACUUGUGUGGGCGGGGCUUUUAACAAACAAACAUUUGGACGUGGAGCACAGCGUUAAAAGCCAGAAGAUAGUUUGAUUUUCACCGCACUCGUCUUCAUCGCUGCAGUCCUGUCUGAUUCUUUUCUUCCUGCUGUGGGACUUCUUCUGUUGGCUCCGCCCCCUCCGCCACAAACCGGAAGCGAAUGCGACAAAAACACUCGAGUGCGUCUACGUGCGUGUUCGUACGCGUCCGAACUGCAGACGGCAGUUAUGUCGCCUCCUAGUGGCGGCAAGUAGCCGUGCACCAGCAAGACUUAAGGAUGCUAGCUGUUACGUUAGCAGAGAAGCUAAGUGCUGUCAACGCUAGUGGCCGACAAUCCUACUUAAGACGACGUCGCUCGUAUUGUACGUGUGCGUCUGUUGCUAAGCGACCAGACAAAACUUUAUUCACACAAUCCUCAUCCGCGUGGUACCCGGGCGAGCAGCUACGGUUAGCAUCUGAUGAAUAAAUAUCCGUAGAGGAACCACGCUGACCAAACCUUUCAUUUGACCCUCUUGGUGCGAGCACUCAUGUAGACGCAGUCCUUGCCUCCUCGAAGAGUGAAGGAGCGCUUCCCCCCUCCGGACCCCCUCCCCCUCCUCCGGACCC